AUGGUCAAAAUACCGGCGCCUCCAGACCCUCGAAAAUUGCUCCCACGCAAUGCCGACCCGGAGCAUCGUGGAAUGCGCAAAGAGCUGGAAAAGAAGCACGGCUACGGGUACACAGAGCCACUUAUUCUCGGCUUGCUUGGCAUCGGCCUCGUCUGGAAUAUCGAGAACCAGGUCGCCAAGCACGAGGAGCGGAAAGAUGAAGCAGAACGGAAAGAAAAAGAACGUGAAGAACGACGGAGGCGGAGGAGAGAAGAACAAAGCCGGUCCGGCACGUGGCACCAAGGCGACGAAAGGAACGAUCGUAGUUCAAUGAACCGUCAUGACGAUCGAGAAAGAAGCAGAGAAUAUAGAGACGAGUCGCGUCGAGGCGGCCAUAGGGAUGAGUCACGCCGUGGAGACUUUAGAGAUGAGCCGAGAAGACUGGACUAUCGUGAUUAUGAGUAUCGUGGAUACCGUGAUCAAUAUAAUGAUCAACGAAACGACUACCGGUAUGCGGAUAGGCGGGAUGGGAGUGUGAGGAGGAGCAACCGGCGUGACUCUUUCUAG